UCAGAUAAGACGAAGAAGCACGAGAAAAGGAGAGAGAAAGAGGAAGGAGAGAGAAGGAGAGAGAAGGAGAGAGAAGGAGAGAGAAGGAGAGAGAAGGAGAGAGAAAGAGAGAAAAAGAAAAGUUGUGAUUAUGUAAACAGAAUUUGACAUGUGACUAUCAGUGCGACUUCAUAAAGACUGAAAUAAUUGAGUCAGAAAACGGAAAUAUAAAACUAUAGUCUCUGUGAUGAAGUUAUUUUCUCUACGAAUGAUUUCGAAAAGACGGAAAGCACUGUUGUCUCUGCUGACAGCGACUCUCCUUUUUCUGUUUCUGAAGAUCAUCGCGGACGAACAGGAAGCAGAAGUCGUCGUCAAGCACGAAUUAACCGCUAAGGUCACCCAUGACAGCGUUAAGCAUUACGGCGGGAAUUUCUCUAAAAGCGACAGACUCUUGACAGAGUUUCCUUAUGAAUUCCUCAUCGACGAGCCUCACUUCUGCGCCGAGGACCUUCUCGUCCUGAACAUGAUGCCGGUGAGCGUGGGCGACGCUGAGUCUCGGGCGCGGGUGAGGAGGAUGUGGGGCGCCAGGGACGUCGUGGCCUCGACCAGGCUCCGGCCUCUGUUCCUGGUGGGGGAGGCCCGUGACGCCGAGCAGCAGCGCCGCCUUCAGGAGGAGAGCGACGAGUACCGCGACGUGAUCCAGGUGGGCUUCGUGGACUCGUACCUGAACCUGACGCUGAAGACCCUGUCGGCGCUGCACUGGAAGCACACGCGCUGCCGCCACGUCCCUUGGCUGCUCAAGAGCGACGCCGACGUCUUCGUGAGUCCCUGGGCCGUCACCAGACUCCUCAGGAACGAGACCGCGGACAUCGUCUGCCGCCUCCUCUUCUCCAAGAACGUCUGCCGACCCCACAACUGCAAGGACAAGAGGUGGAUGAUCCCGCCCGAGGUGUACCCGCACGAAUUCUACCCGCCGUACUGCAACGGCCCCGUGUACGCCGUCAAUCAGAAAUCCGUGCGAGAGAUUCUGACGGUGGCGUCGGCCGAUACGCCCUUCGUGAUGGAGGACGCCUACUACACGGGCAUCCUCGUCCAAGGCCUCGACCUCAAGUACAACAACAUCGGAAGUCGCUGCCAGCUGUACCACCUGAAGCACCCUCCGUACGACAAUGUGGGCAGGGGGCGCUCCCUCUUCCUCGUCAACCCGGAGAAGAAGAGUCGAUAUCGCUACACCCUAGAGGACGUUUGGAAUUACCUGAUGUCGUUGCGGACGUGAUCUUGGAAUAUUUUGAUGGUACUGUAGAAAUAAAGAU